AUGGGCGUCGACAAGUCCGAGCUCGUGGUGCCAUUGGUCGGCGCCCUCCAAGCCUCGAUCUCCGUCCUGAUCACCAUCUUCUUCGGCGUCCUGACCGCGCAAUUCAACCUCCUCUCUACAGGUGCGGCGAGAGAGGUGUCGCGGGCAUGUGUGCGCAUGUUCCUACCCGCGUUACUCAUUUACAAGCUUGGCACGAACUUGGAUAAGGAAACCGGCGUACGUUAUGUGCCGAUUCUCGUCUGGUCCAUCUCGUAUACGCUCAUCUCGCUGGGGAUCAGCGCCAUCGCUUGUCGCAUCUUCAAACUGCCCAACUGGGUCAAACUGGCCGUGACCUUCAAUAAUACGACGAGUCUGCCGCUGCUGCUCAUUCAGUCGCUGAGUACGACGGGUGUUCUCGAUGCCAUCAUUCCACCAGGUGACGACGCAUCGAAGGCGCUCGACCGGGCUGAGUCGUACUUUCUGAUCAACGCCAUGGUCAGCAACAGCUUGACCUUUGCACUGGGCCCCCGACUGCUGCGGCCGAGUGACGAGGAUGCACCGGACGAGGAGAACAAAGAGGGCGAAGAAAGUGACGGCGAGGGACAAGAAAGCAUAGAACGGGGCCCAGAUGGCAUAGUUCAUGAGGAGACAUCGCUGCUCCCGCAACGUGCGGUACGCCCAAUCAAUCGUGUUGAACGCCGAGGCUACAAGCGCACAACGAAAUGGCUCCAGAGCCUACCACCUUGGGCACAGCAGCUGCUUGACUUCUUGUACCAGUUUGCCAACGCUCCCCUGCUCGGAACUCUGGUAGGCGCCGUCAUUGGCCUGACGCCGCCGCUGCACCGCCUUUUCUUCAACGACAGCAACGAUGGUGGCUACUUCAACGCUUGGCUCACUACCGCCAUAAAGAAUGUCGGCGAGCUCUUUGCAACGACGCAAAUCAUUGUCGUGGGCGUGAAAUUGAGCCAAAGUCUGCGUAAGAUGAAAGCUGGCGAGGAGAGUGGCACCAUCUCGAAAAAGAGCAUGUCCUUUGUAUUCUUGAUGCGAUUCUUCUUUUGGCCGGCUGUCAGCAUACCCUUGAUUUAUGCCCUUGCAACCAAGACGACUCUUCUGAGCAGUGAUCCCAUGUUGUGGUUCGCCAUGAUGCUGAUGUCAUCAGGACCCAGCGCGAUGAUAUUGGUGGCAUUGACUGACGUGACAGGGAGCCCGGAGGAGGAGAAGAUGGUCAUCGCCAAGUUCCUGACGAUCAGCUACGCUAUCACGCCGCUCAUAUGCUUCGCCGUUGUAGGCAGCUUGAAGGCAACGGAGGCUGCUGUGCCCCGGUAG